AUGGAGUACUAUUCAUCGCUAGAUGCGUCACAGUUAGACUCAGAGAGACCAACAUUAUUUGAACUUAUCUCGGCUAACCAGUUGGAGUCCUUGCUAUCGCCAUCGUUGAGGUAUAUUUUAGUCCAUUAUGCCAGUAGAUAUCCACGAUAUCUAUUAAAAGUAAACAACUAUUUUGACGAGAUUAACUUGGCAUUAAGAAGCUUUAUAGAAUGGUACUUUCUUAAAUACUGGCAAGGUUCAUUCACGGAAAACUUUUAUGGUCUAAAAAGGGUGAAUCAAACACCCUUAACGCAAGGCGAGUUUAAUAGCUCCAAAUUGACACAGCUAGUGCCAUCGAUGAUCGAGGAUAGAAGACAGCUAACAUCAUUGCAAAAGUUUGUUUCCAUAUUUGAGGUCACUGGAACUGCCUUUUUGUCAGAAAAGUUGAAUUAUUGUUACGAAGUAUGGUACACCAAAUAUAUCACCAACCAAUUAAAUACUCAUGAAUCACUCACCAGAAAAGAGAAUAUAAAGAUUCAAAUAAAGAGAAGGUUUGUUGAAAUCUACCCAUAUGCUCAAAGCGUUUAUCGUUUGGCUAAUUUCAUCACCACGUUAAUGUAUUUGAGCGGAUCGUCCAAAUCCCCCACUAUUUUGACUUAUUUAUUCAAAAUGAACUAUUCUCGAUUAAAUCAAUACGACUACGACAAAAAUGAACCACAACAAAAGUUAUCCGAUACAAGGAAACAACAUAACAAAAUUGCUCCACCUACAACUGUCGAAUUGCUUUUGAAUUUUGUGCUGAACAACAUCACCAACCCUUCAUGGAGAAUGGUUAAACUUGUUCUUGGAACGUUCUUCCCGGUAGCAAUAUUCACGUUGAAAUUUCUUGAAUGGUGGAAUAACUCCAAUUUUUCAGCCAAGCUUCUUAAAAACCUGGGGAACUCUCUCAAUUUUACAUUACCACCACCAUCGAGAUUAUCUGCGGUAUUGCGUCCGUUCACUAAGCGUGACAAGACAGUGAAGCAGAAAAAGCCAUACAAGUCAGGUAAAGUAUGCCCAUUGUGUAAAAAAGAGAUGACCAACCCAGCCGUAAUUGAAACUGGAUAUGUGUUUGACUAUUCCUGUAUUUACAAUUACUUGGAGAAAUCGCAUAUUACAGUUUCCAAGAAAAUUGAGGCCGAAUCUAAAGAAGAAGAAGAGAUUCAUUCGGAUGACGAUGAAGAAGAUGUGGCCGAUGUUGAGAAGGAGGAAAAGAUGUACGAUAUAAAUAAGGGUGGAAGAUGUCCCAUAACUGGACAAAAAUUGCUCGGUUGCAAAUGGAAUCCAUUGAAAGAGGAGUGGCAGAUUGAAGGUAUUAGACGUCUUAUCCUUUAG